AUAAACAUCUCAGCAAGGUCUCCAGCAGUCAGACAUGUCUCCAGUGACCAGCCUCGUCCUACUGUUUGCCUUCAGCUAUGUGAGCACCUCGGCAUUACCCAAUACAGAAAAGAUUAUACCUGUGAAGUCUGGGACUUGUCCGGCAGAUGUGGACAACCCGAUGUGUGACAAUCCUGAGAUUGACUACUCACCACGAUGUCAGACAGACCAAGACUGUGAGGGGGAUAAAAAAUGCUGCUUCUCAGAAUGUACAAAGCGCUGCCUGCUCCCUCUACAAGAUAAGACAGGUUCCUGUCCAUAUUUUAAAAAUUCUCUCUGUGCAAAUAUCCGGACGAUACCUCAGUGCCACUCAGAUGAUCAGUGCCAAGGAACGGAGCGUUGCUGCUUCUUCAACUGCAGACAACAGUGCACUUCAACAGUGACACAAAAGCCUGGAUCCUGCCCUAGUCCGAGCAAACUGUGCAAGCGUCCUAUUCUCCCACCGCUAUGCUUCUCUGAUCAAGACUGUCCUGGAGAAAAGAAGUGCUGUACUCCAGAAUGUCAAGACAUGUGCCAGGACCCCUCCGUAGUGAUGUAGAAUCAAACCCUAAGCCUGUGGACUCCCAACCAGAAGAGCUGUGACGUUGGCUGCAAAAUUGGUUGUGAGGAGGUGUGAAGUCUUCAUUCCAUGCAGAAGUGGAUUAUGGAAAUAGAUGCCAUGUAAGGGAUCUCUCCAGAAGAAUAGAAUGAUGGUCCCUGCAAUUCCACAUGACAUGCAAUAAAUCUGAAUGAUAUCAA